GCUCUACCAUGGCCUUGGUAUGAGACCUCGUCACUGCUUCAAGUCAAUGUUCCCUAACGGCACCUCUUCUCUAUUUUUCACCAUGGGGUUGAACAUUGUUUUUCGUCUUUCAUCUGGAUUCCGGUCAGGACCGCUUUGAACAAGACUUGGGUGGAUUGGAUGCUAGGCAGUUUGGAGAAGGGAAAAGACUGCGUGAUGAAGCAUUGUUACUCAAGCAACGGCGGGACCAUAAAGCAUCGGAUAUUUAAUAGCAUCCAGGUGUAUGCAUCAAUCACCCCUGUUGGUUCUUCUCAUGAAACCAAUAGUCUCUUCAACGAAUACCCGCAAGCCGGUGCGAGGAUCCUCAAUGCUACGCGUCGGCAUCCUGAUAUCAAAAGCGACAGGUUAUCCUCGGCGGUACCACCAGCGAUCACCCUCGAGUUUCGCCACCUUGAAUGCACGCGCAUCCAGUUGCCUACCUUCAGACUCCCGUCGCCGCAGCAGCGCCGUGCCUCCUCACGAUGUCUGAGCAUGACACGAGAUGCCGAAGAAGAAGGUCCCAUCAUGUCGCUUCAACAAAUGAAUUCAUUUCCGCCGUCAUAUCCUCGUUUGCACCGGACACUCCUGCAAUCAAACGUCUUGGCUGUGGAUGAAGAAGAAGCACGCGCAGUUCAUUUUUAUACUCGCAACUAGAUGCCAUCCUUAGGGCUUUCGUGUCUCCGAGGACGAAAUCUGCAACGGUGGCAUUGCAAUGCGCUAGCAACGAAUUCGUGGCUGUUUCGACGCGUUGCCGUGCAGUCCUGUGCUUCGCCGUCAGUGAAGAUUUUCAUCAAUCUUCCUCUA